AAAGGUCAUAGUCUGGCGUAGGCCUAUACAGUCAGCUGAAAUGCCGAAAAUAAACAUCGUUUCCCCCACCUGGGUACACCUUCUAUCCAAUGUGAUGCGUUCGUAGAGGUUUGCCAAAUGAGUCUCGAAUAUCCCUUCAGAAAUAAACCGACUAGUCCGCGUCCUUAGCUGCACGCGAUCACGGUACGGAAGAGGAGAAGUACCGUGAUCGGUAACGAUUACUAUUAAUUCGUUUCCGAUCUGUCAGUGUUGCUUCUUCUGCAGAUUUUAAAGCACUAUGGCCUCACAUGUUCGAAGACUGGCAGUUAGUGGACUGGCUUUUGGAGCUGGAGCAUACACUGUUACGACCUUUCUUAAAGAAAAUGAUUUGAAUGUACAAGCUGCUGAAGUGAAAAACAAACCGCGAGCAAAAAGACACCUGCCACCACGAGCAGAUCAAAUUAAGUCAUUGCAGUCUGAAGAUUUUGAUGUACUAAUAAUUGGCGGUGGUGCUACCGGCUCGGGUUGUGCACUGGAUGCUGUUACUAGAGGUCUGAAGACAGCACUGGUGGAAGCUGAUGACUUCGCUUGCGGCACAAGUAGCCGCAGUACGAAACUCAUUCAUGGCGGUGUUCGGUAUCUGCAAAAGGCCAUUAUGAAUUUUGACAUUGAGCAGUAUCGUAUGGUAAAAGAAGCCCUCCAUGAGAGAGCUAACAUGUUACAUUCAGCACCACAUUUAACUCGACCACUGCCAAUUAUGUUACCAGUGUACACGUAUUGGGAAAUUCCAUAUUAUUGGUUUGGCAUCAAAAUGUACGACUUGGUUGCUGGGACAAAAACUGUUAAGAGUUCAUACUAUCUGUCAAAAUCUAAUGCACUUGAGCUGUUCCCAAUGCUGCAGGGAGACAAGCUACGUGGAGCUAUUGUAUAUUAUGAUGGCCAACAAGAUGACGCACGCAUGAAUCUGGCAAUAGCUCUGACGGCCACAAGACAUGGAGCAACAGUAGCAAAUCAUGUUCGUGUGACAAGCCUUUUGAAAGACAAAGACAAAGAUGGGAAAGAAAUUCUGUGUGGGGCUCAUUUGAAAGAUGAACUGACUGGUCAAGAAUGGGAUGUGAAAGCAAAAUGCAUAAUUAAUGCUACAGGGCCAUUUACGGACCAUAUACGAAAGAUGGCUGAUGCUAAGGCAAGAGAAAUAUGCUGCCCUAGCUCGGGGGUUCACAUUGUGCUUCCCGGUUAUUAUAGUCCAGAUCAGAUGGGUCUCUUGGAUCCCAAUACUUCUGAUGGACGUGUCAUUUUUUUCCUCCCAUGGCAAAAGCAUACAAUAGCAGGAACAACUGACCUGCCAUGCCAGGUCACAGCACAUCCCAAGCCAACUGAGGAUGAAAUCAUGUUCAUAUUGGAAGAAGUGAAGAAUUACCUUAAUCCUGAUGUGGAAGUGAGAAGAGGAGAUGUUCUUUCAGCUUGGAGUGGAAUAAGGCCACUGGUAUCGGACCCGAACAAGGAAGACACACAGUCAUUGGCAAGAAAUCACAUAAUUCAUGUCAGUGACAAUAAGCUUGUGACAAUUGCUGGAGGAAAAUGGACAACUUACAGAGCAAUGGCUGAACAUACAAUUGAUGCAGCUAUUAAAGCAUGCAAUCUGAAGCCAGUUCACGAGAAGUCUCAAACUGAUGGACUGCUCAUUGAGGGAGCUCAUGGAUGGACGCCUACCAUGUACAUUAGACUUGUGCAGGACUUUGGUCUUGAAUGUGAAGUUGCUCAACAUCUUGCUAAUUCCUAUGGUGACCGAGCUUUUGCAGUUGCAAAGUUGGCAUCCCUCACAGGGAAACGGUGGCCUAUUAUUGGGAAGAAGGUACACCCGGAGUUUCCUUACAUUGAUGCAGAGAUCCGAUAUGCAGUAAGAGAAUAUGCUUGCUGUGCUGUUGAUGUGAUUGCAAGACGGCUGCGGUUAGCUUUCCUCAAUGUCCAGGCUGCUCAGGAAGCUCUUCCUGGUAUUGUUGACAUUAUGGCAGAAGAAUUAAAGUGGGAUGAAAAAAAGAAAAAGGAGGAAAUAGCACUUGCCUCAGAAUUUCUUGCAAAUGAGAUGGGCCAGAUGGUGAACAGAGCUUCAAGAGACAAAUUACCUAUCAAUCUUAGUAAAGAAGAAAUUCAAACAUACAUAAAGAGAUUCCAGAUAAUUGAUAAAGAUCGUAAGGGAUAUGUCUCGAUCAAUGACAUCAGACGAGGACUGAAGAAAUUUGGUGAGGAGGUUUCGGGUGAAGAGCUUCACGAAAUCCUUAGAGAGAUCGACACAAAUAUGAAUGGCCAAGUAGAGUUGGAUGAAUAUUUGCAGAUGAUGUCUGCUAUCAAGUCUGGACAUGUAACAUACUCUCGUUUUGCUCGAAUGGCAGAAAUGGAAGAAGAGCACCACGAACGAGAACGUCUAAAGAAACAGAUUUCAGUGGAGCGCAGUGGAGGAGGACUGUAAUGAUGUGUAAUUUUUUCUAAUUGUUUAUAUGGCUUUAACGCUGCUUAUAGUAGCGACAAAUGUCUGACAAAUGCACUUUUCUCCUCUUCCUAUCAUACAGAGGGAACCUUAUUUAUUAAAAAAAACUAUACGAAGAAAUAACACUCAGUUUUUAAGGUGAAAUUUAUAAGUAAGUUCAGGUUUUGAGCUCUUUAAUUUUGAGAGUUUAAAUGUGUUAAUACUCAAGAGCUUAUUGAGUUAUGCUGUGUGAAGAGACUAUGUAAAUAAGCUACUGUGGCUAAAAGACAAGUUUCGUAAUCAUAAGUAUUUAUAUAAAUGCAAACACUAAAGUGUGUCUGUAACUUAUAUUUUUGUAUAUAUGCAGGAUCUGAUAUUUUGUCACCAUCUAAAUGUACGAUUUUCGUGAAGAAUCAAACUAUUUUGGCAGCAUUUAUUUGCUAUUCUCAUUUUCAGUUGACAUAAAUACAUCAUAAGUUUGCUAUUACUGAGUAUGAAAUUUGCCUAUUAACAGACAUCAACUUAAAAAACAACUGAGUACUUCUUAUAAGAUAAAUAACUUGUUUAUCUACAUUUCUCAUGCUAAAAACAUGGAAGACUCUAGUGCUUAUUGUGAAAGUAUUCACAAUAACUGUUUCAUAGACACAUCUACACAUUGCAGUACCAGAGCAGUACAUGUUUGAAACAGCAUCUCCAUUGCUGUCAGCUUAAUAUUGUAAAUUAUGUACUGUCCUUAGAGGCAUGUAAUAAUCUCUGUUUACAGUUAAUUACAAAUUUCUAUAUUUUUCAAUUGAUUUUUUGAGAGCUAUUAGAAAAUAUGUGCUGAAAGAAAUAUUUUAGCAAGUACUAUAUUCAUGGCAGUAUAUGCUGUUUAUUUAAAUAAGAUGCUUAAAGCAAAUCCUAAUACGCCAGAUUAAACUGUGUAACAGAGUUUUUUUAUAGCUUUUUCAUGUAAAAAAUAAUAUUUUGUAUAGUAUACUGUGUUUACAUAUUGCAUACUGAAUUUAACAGCUGCCAUUUGUUUCAUUCUGUGCAUUAUCAUCUUAUAUGCGAGAACUGCUACACCAUGAUUUUAAAAUCAGGCAUCCUGCAAAAGGAAGCUCUUUUUGUUGUUCCCAGUAUGAAAUGUUUGUUGUGACAUAAUGUAACCCUCAGAGUUAGACGAUUGUUUUUAUUUUGUAUUCCUGUGUGUGUGUGUGUGUGUGUGUGUGUGUGUGUGUGUGUGUGUGUGUGUGUGU